AAAAAUAAAAAAUGGCGGAAGGUCAAGAGUUAGUAUAUUUUGAUUUACAAGUUAUUCACAAUAAUUUUGAUCGUUCUCUCGUUGAAGAUGAUGACGUCGAUGUCAAGGCUUAUCUUGCAGCUUACCAUGAAUUGUACAAAUUUUUUCAGCUCAUGGGCAGCGUUUUCGGUUUUGUAUCAUCAGACCUGAAACAAAAAAUUGAUCUCCUUCAGGAAUUGCUCAACAAAGAUCAGGAAAACUAUAAUACAAUAAAAUCCAUGAUUCAACAUGAGAAGGAAAACAAUUUAUUGGAGAAGAAAGACUUUGCAAGUGGCGUCCGAACUUUUUUGAGGCUACAUAGAGGACUAGACUUUAUUUCCGAGUUUCUCAAACAGAUAGGAGAAUUGACGGAUUCGGAAAAAACCUCAACUUGCUGCCAAAAUGCCUAUAACAAAACUUUAGCUCAGCAUCAUCCAUGGGUUGUGAGAAAAGCGGCGAUCGUUGCAAUGUACACAAUGCCAACUAGAGGAAAUUUAUUCAAAAAGGUUUGUGGCAACCAGGUCGAACGCAAUCUGGAAGUUCUCCCAAAAAUGUUGGAAGUAACCACCAUCGUAUUUAAACGAACUCACAGUCUCUAUGAAAUUCACGAACUUCAUGCACUUCCAUAAUGAAGGAGGAAAGUAAGCUCAAUUUAAUUUUUAAUCGGCACAUGGUCAAUUUUUCUGUGGUGCACAUAUACAUUCCACGAAUGAUAAUACGUAAAUUUGAGUAUAAUCACGUGAUGCCAGUGUCAUUUAAUCACAAUUUAUUAUUAUUUUUCACGAUCACCUACUUAUCUAAGUUUACAAUUAUUUCAUCUUAUAGUAACAGUUUUUAUUUAAUAAUACUUUGAGUCACUUUUAAAAAUAAUGAACGAAGCAAAUAUCUAUUAGGAUGUAAGUAUCGCAAUUUUACAAUGUGUUUUAGUUUAUUAAUGAGUGGAUGUAUUUAUAGUGACUUCCGUUUUAUAAAAUCUCUUCUGCUUGUGUGAUAAUCGAGUUAAGAUUUAAAGAAAUUUGUAAAAAUAUAUGAAAUUACGUUAUCAUGUAGAA